AUGCCCCUGCGGUUGGUGGGCGGAGGGAGCCGGUGUGACGGGCGCGUGGAGGUCUUCCAGCACGGGACAUGGGGCAGAGUCCUGGAUGAGCAGUGGGACAUGCAGGAGGCCAGCGUGGUGUGCCGGCAGCUGCAGUGCGGAGAGGCAGAGGCAGCCUACACCCCCGGCAGCCAGCCCCUGAGCAUCAGGGUUCUCCACGCUGCAGGGAGCCGGCGGGUCCGGUUGGCAGACGGGGCUGGGCGCUGUGCCGGGAGAGUGGAGAUCUACUACCAGGGGCGCUGGGGCACCGUCUGCGACGAUGCCUGGGACCUGGCCGACGCCGCCGUCGUUUGCCGCCAGCUGGGCUGCGGAGGGGCCCUGGAGGCAGCCGGCUCUGCUCGGUUUGGGGAGGGCUCUGGGCAGAUCUGGCUGGAUGGCGUCAACUGCUCCGGGGCCGAAGCUGCUCUCUGGGACUGCCCUGCCGAGGCCUGGGGGCAGCACAGCUGCGGGCACAAGGAGGACGCUGGAGUCAUCUGCUCAGAGUUCAUGGCCCUGAGGCUGGAGAACAGUGACGGCUGCUCCGGGCGCCUGCAGGUUUUCUACAACGGGACGUGGGGCAGUGUUUGCUCCAACUCCAUGACCACCGAGACGGUGUCACUGGUGUGCAAGGAGCUGGGCUGCGGGAAUGAAGGAGAUCUGGAAACAGAUUCUAACUAUGCCAAGCUGUCUGGCACCGCAUGGCUGGAUCACGUGGAGUGUGGGAAGAGCAGCAGCUCCUUCUGGCAGUGUCCCUCUGCUUCCUGGGAUCCGCAGUCGUGUACUGACCUCCGAGAAGAGACCCACAUCACCUGCAAUGAAAGGCCGCAGGUGGCUGCAUGCCCCAACUCCACCAGCUGCACAGACAGGGAGAAGAUCCGCGCUGUGGGAGGCAAGGACGGCUGCUCGGGCAGAGUGGAGAUCUGGCACCGCGGCACCUGGGGGACGCUGUGUGACAAUGCCUGGGACAUGCGGGACGCCGAGGUGGCAUGCAGGCAGCUGGGCUGUGGCCCCGCGGUCUAUGCCCUGGGCCAGGCUGCUGCUGGAGAGGGGACGGGCCCCAUGUGGCUGAUGGAGUGCAGGGGGACGGAGCUGUCUCUGCAGGACUGCUGGGCCCAGCCAGGGGACAGCGCUGCCUGCCAGCAUAAGGCAGAUGCAGCUGUGCAUUGCUCAGCUGCACCCAGGACAGCAACAUUACCCCCACAAGCAGAUUCGCCACGGAGCCGUCUGACCACCAGCAGCGAGAGACUCUCGGUGCCUGUCGUCAUCUGCAUCAUCCUGGGGGCCCUCCUCUGCCUGCUCCUGGCCCUCCUGGCUGGGCAGGUGCGAAGCGCCAGGGCUCGGCGCAGAGGUUCUGUGAGGGCUGGGGAGCCCUUCCCUGAGGCCGUGUACGAGGAGAUCGCUUACAGCCUGGCGUGGGAGAAGCAGCCAAGGUUCAGUCUCUCAGAUGUCCCUGUCCUGCCCGGAGGUUACCCAGCAGAUGGCUAUGAUGAUGCUGGGGAGGUUUCUGACCCUGGGGAGGAUCCUGUCCCUGGGCAGGGGGACUGGGAAGUGUCCAGGACACCAGAGGAAGGAGAUGGGCGCAGGGAUGCAGCCACAGGGGGAAGCCUGCACUCCCGGAGAAGUGCUGGGAUCCCUGGAGCUGAGGGAGACACCUCGUCAACUUUCCUGGGGACCACGGGCUAUGACGAUGUUGAAGAGGUGUCUCUGGCAUAUCCCCAUGAGGACACCGAGGGUGUGACACCAGAGCCCCAUGCACAAGAGUUCCAGAGCCCCAUGCCAGCAGAGCCCAGCCCUGCUGAACAGCUGGGUGCAGCCGGGAGGGAGGAGAGCUCAGUGCCAUUGGGAGAACCGUGAGUGCCAGGGAAUGGUCUCCCUUUUCCAGCAGUCAGCAGACACACAUGGGUAUUUCCCCUCUUGGUAUUCCCCUGUAUUUAUGCUGUGUGUUGGUAUUUCCUCAUAUUAAAACCCUCUGGGCGCUUUGCCCCAGA